AGGCGCUCGGUGACGCGCCGGGGAAGCGCGGCGGAGCUGGGAUCAGCCGGGAGCGAAAAUGUGAAGGUGGAAUCCGAGUGAGCAGCAUUCUGUUGUCACUGUUUGCCAGAAGAAGGAGGAAAAAAACACAGCCGACGUUCACACAGCGGGGAGGGGAGAUUUUUUCCGGAUUUUCUAUUAAUUACAGGAAUUAUCCUCGCUGAUAUUUCUUCUCUUACAUUUUUUAUACCCCUAUUUCUGUGUGUGUCCACCUUCUCAGAAAUUGACUGGAAGCAGUGUUGAGUGCUGAGAGUGAGGAGCAUCAUUUAAUGGAUAUUCAUGCUUAAUUGCACAAUUUCGGAGGGAAUAAACUGCCUUCGUGAAGAUUUUCUCGCGCUUUAUGGGAUUAUUGUCUGACGGAGCCGCUUUGUUUUGGAUGAGAACACAUUGGGCAUCAUGAGUUCCAGUGCAGCUUAUCACCAAGGCUCAACAGGCGGUGAGCGGAGCGCUGGACCAAUCCGGUGCCAGCGAUGCCGGGAAGUAUGCAAAGGGGAAGUGGUCCGAGUACAAGAGACCCACUUUCACGUCAAGUGUUUUACCUGCACCGUGUGUAACUGUGAUCUGGCACGAUCUGGCUUCUUCCAGAAGAAGGGCGAGUACAUCUGUACGGCGGACUAUCAGCGUUUGUACGGGACACGCUGUGACCGCUGUGACAGCUUCAUCACAGGAGAGGUGGUCUCUGCUCUGGGACGCACGUACCACCCCAAGUGCUUUGUCUGCAGUGUCUGCAGUAAACCCUUCCCAAUCGGAGACAGGGUGACGUUCAGUGGAAAGGACUGCGUGUGCCAGCAGUGCUCCCACACACUUGUCAAGUCAAAUGAACCGAUCAAGAUCCACGGGCCCAGCCACUGCGCUGGAUGCGGAGCCGAGAUCAAGCAGGGUCAGUCUCUCCUGGCGUUGGAGAAGCAGUGGCAUGUCAGCUGCUUCAGAUGUCGGACCUGCAACAUGGUCCUCACAGGAGAGUACAUCAGCAAGGAUGGAGUCCCGUACUGUGAGGCAGACUACCACGCCCAGUAUGGGGUGAAAUGUGAAACCUGCAGCAGAUACAUCAGUGGAAGGGUGCUGGAGGCGGGAGGGAAGCACUACCACCCGGCUUGUGCAAGGUGCGCCCGCUGUAACAUGAUGUUCAAAGAGGGAGAGGAAAUGUACCUGACAGGAUGUGAGGUGUGGCAUCCAUUAUGCAAGCAGGCGGCGAGGGCGGAGAGGAGACUCAGGCACAGACGCCUGUCAGAGGCCUCCAUCUCUCCGCCGGGUUCCUCCAUAGGUUCUCCCAGUAGAGUUAUAUGUGCCAGAGUGGAGAAUGAGAUCCUAGAUUAUAAGGACCUAGCUGCCCUGCCAAAGGUCAAGGCCAUAUAUGAGGUCCAACAGCCAGACCUCAUAUCCUCCUCAUACCAGCCGUACCACAGAUACAUCUCUGAUGACAGGCUAGACACUAACAGCUAUGGGGAGAUUUUGCAGUCACUUGGGACGCUCUCUCCCUAUUCUCAGGACUACGACAGCCUGGAUGCAAAGCAGAGGCGGUGCUCCAGUCCAGGUUAUAUUGACUCGCCGACAUAUAGCCGCCAAGGCAUGUCGCCCAUAAUGCCUCGCUCUCCACAGCACUAUGGAUACCCUGGCUCUGAGAGUGGCAGGAGUUCACCUUAUUACGGCCAAGAGGGGCGGUCAAGCACACCCACCACAAACCAGCCCCCUAAACAUUUUCAUGUACCAGCCACAGGGGAUCCCAACAUCUACAGGAAGCCUCCCAUCUAUAAGAGAACGGCCACCAAAAGCAGGACCAGCGAGGACAUCCUCAGAUCCUCCAGACUGUCCACCUACUCUCCAGAGCCAUAUACCCAGUCAGAGUGUGACUACUACCCCUACACCAGCUCCCCAAAGGCCUAUCGGGCGCCGAGAAGACGCUUCUCGACGGGAGGAGAUGAAGAGAGUUGGAGUCAGAGUCUUCAAAGAAUUGGGAGUGGCAUCGGGAGGAUGAUCCUAAAGGAGGAGAUGAAAGCCAGAUCUGGUUCCUAUGACAACGACCCCUGGGGCAGUGCGAGGAAUUCUCGAAGUGGGAGCAAGGAAACACUGAACACUACGGGCUACGGCACCACAGCGUACAACAACACCAUUAACGGCUCUCCACGAUCACAAUACAGCACUGAUAGUGAUUUUGGUUGUAAGUCAGCUUCACUACCAGGAUACCGGCGCAACGGCCUGCAGCGGCCUCAGAGUGCAGAUUGCUACCAGUACCAGUACGACAGUGGCAGCGAGGUCAACUGGGGCAGCAGAGGUAAUUUAAUCUGAAUUUAAAACACCUCACCCAUGUUAGAUUGAAGCCUUUAAUUAGGGGCUUUUUCUUCUGUUGUACUGACUUGAUUUUCUUUGUUUCUUCUCCCAGCAGAGUACAAGAUUUACCCUUAUGAAUCGCUAAUUGUCACCACCAGAGGGCGGAACAGGCUGCCUAAAGAUGUAGACAGAGCCAGACUGGAACGUCACCUGUCCCCAGAGGAGUUUGUGCAAGUGUUCGGUAUGACCAUGGAAGAUUUCGACCGGCUGGCUCUGUGGAAGAGGAAUGAGCUAAAGAAACAGGCCCGACUGUUUUAAUCGCUCACGGACUUCCGUUGAAUACUGCCAUAAGUAGAGCCAGACUGCAGGAGGGGACAGGAAGAUUCUUUUACUCAGUUACACUGCCAUGCCUGAGAUCCUGUUCUAGAUCUCCUCACACGACAAACCAAAUUCUGGUCACACCAGAGUGGACUUCCAGGACACCGAGGGAAGGCCACACGGACAUUAUGCACAGAUGGACUGAUAAACUGUUAGACGGUUGCCUGUGUAGGUUCUCAUUCAUCCAGGUCAUGGUUAUUCAAAGUAGUUUAAAUCAAUCCACUGGACUUUAAGAAAAUUCCUUGAAGACGUUUCACCUCUCAUCCAAGAGGCUUCUUCAGUUCUGGUGGUGGUUGGUGUUGCCUCAGCAUUUUAACCUCUAUGAGGUGUGUCCAGGGCUAUUUUCCAGACUAGUGUCUGGUGUGUCUGAAAAACUGAGGAGGAUUUUCAACAAACACCAGAUCCCUGUCUUUUUUAAGCCAAAUAACACCCUCAGGCAAAGACUGGUCCACCCAAAAGACCCCACACCACACAGCCAGAAGAGCAACCUGGUGUAUGCAGUUAAAUGCAGCGAGGAAUGCUCAGAUCUCUACAUAGGGGAAACCAAACAGCCACUUAACAAGCGCAUGGCUCAACACAGGAGAGCCAAUUCCUCAGGACAGGAUUCGGCAUCCAUAUCUUCACCUUAAGGAAGAAGGACACUUGUUUCAGGACACCAAUGUUCAGAUUCUGGACAGGGAGGACAGAUGGUUUGAGAGAGCAGUGAAAGAAGCCAUCUCUGACAUUGUCUUUCACCAAUUUACAAUCAGGUCCUUUCAAAACUCCCCAAAAGAACUACUCAGCAGACUCAUGCUAAUGACCACCAUUAGCACACAAGGGUUCAGUGACAUCUGUGCAUUUCAAUGACCCCCACCGAUACUCACAACGACCAUCGUUGAGUAGUCAGACGAGUUUUGGUAUCGGUCGUUGGAAUAAUAACCCUGGACACACCUCACAGAGGUUUAGAAGCUGAGGCAACACCAAACACCACCAGAACCGAAGAAGCCUCUUGGAUGAGAGGUGAAACGUCUUCAAGGAAUUUUCCUAAAGUCCAGUGGAUUGAUUUAAACUACUCUGAAUGUUAGACGGUUGCGAUGCAGCCGCAGCUACGUGCAGGAGUGGAGUGUAAGCAAUAGAGACUGUCGUACGGUGGUGUUGUGCUUUUCUAAGCCUGGAGGAUGGAGUGGAGGAUGCCCCUAUAAGGCCACAUGAGAGUGUCUGUGACCAGAGCUGCAGGACGAAAACAUAAUGAGGAGAAUUUUGGCUUUGCCUUAUUUGUUAUGCUCUCUUAGUUAUGACUGUGCAGCACCAGCAAUCUGAAUGAGUAGAAUGUAGAUACAGUAUAUCAUUUAUGACACUUUAUCGGUGUGAGUGAUUAGAAUGAGUGGGAGCCUGCAGCAUCACUUCGCUUUGGUUUAUGGAUGCAUUUUGUUUACCUGGUCCCUUGGGUUUUUUGUUUUCUUUUUUUGCUCUUUAACAUGAAAUAGCGUCCCCUCUAGUUUACACUAAUUGAUAUGGAAAGAAACAAGCAAUUGGAGGUGGACAAAACCUUUUCAACUGUAUGCGAGACCUGCAUUGAUUUGUGUGAAAAUGAAAACCAAAGUGAGAAUGCAAAUAUACAGUUUAGCAGAUCACUUCCAUGUAAGCUAAAAGGUCAUCAAUAGAUACAGUUCACUGUGCAGCUGUACGGUAAACCUAAAAGAAUGUGCAAUCCAGUAGAUGAAAUAGAGAAAGAAAACUGCAGUUGCAUCCUCCUGUUCCACGUUUUCUACUCAUUGCAAUAGAAUGAUGACUAAAUGUUUUAGGCUGAGGGCUGUAGUCAUCCAUACAUUCACUAUUAUUUAUAUUCUUUUAGAAUGAUAAUCCAAUAAUUUUGUAGCUACAGAGAUUAUAUUCACUCACAAAGAAACGCUCUGCAAGGAAUUUAACACACCGACCAAGAUCCAGGGUUGUUGAAGACUUUACUUCCUUUGAAUACUGUUAUUUUUGAUUUUGUCACGAAAAUUAAACUUCAAAAACUUCAAAA